AUGAAAAUACCUUACAAUUUGUUGAUUAAAGAACAGAAAGCAAAUACUAUAAUUCCAGCCCAUUUGGUGGCAGAAGCCAUAUCAACACUCCAUGGGCUUGAUUUAAGAUGGUCAGGGCCGAUAACACCAAGUGAAAUGCAAUAUGUUCAACAGUAUGUUUUAGCCAAGUACCCUGAAUAUUGCAAUGGGCUUGUGGAAGAAGGAGAUAAAAUUGAUCUUUAUGCCCUUUGUAUGAACGACGAACCUUCAGAAUCAUCGGCUAAUGACAAGGGAAAAUCCCCGAGGAGAGAGUCCUCAUCGCCUUCUUUUGGCACUAGUAAUUCAGAGUUGGGAAAAAUCCAAUUGGAACCAUCAAGAUUGCUCGAUAUUCUUACCAAGAAAACGUCUUACCAAGGGAAUUUCAUUUCAAUUCCAGAAAUUCAAGUCCGAAAUCGAGCUUUGCAGCAAUGUGGGCUAAGUGAAGAGGAGUAUUUAGUUGUUUUUACACUUACGUUAAAAGAAGCGAUGAUGAUGAUUGGAGAAUGUUACCCUUUCUUUAGGGGAAAUUACUACAUGACAAUUCUUAGUGAUGAAGAGCAUGAUUGCAUAAGGGAAUUUGUUACAUUUAAAGAUUCAAAAGUGAUUGCAGCACCAGAAACUUGGCUUGAUUUGAGGAUCAAAGGAUCACAACUUAGCCAAUAUUUUAGGAGGAAAUCAAAACAUAGUCCAAAAGGGCUAUUUGCGUAUCCUGCUAAUGUGGAAGAAACGUGUUACUCGAUGCAUUGGAUAUCAGAAGCUCAUAGAAAUUCAUGGCAUGUUCUGUUAGAUGCUUCUGGUUUGGAUAUUGCAGGGAAAGAAAGAUUGGCUUUAGCGUUACAUCGACCGGAUUUCGUGUUGUGUACAGUUGAUAAUACACAUGCUCAACCCUCUAAAAUCACCUGCCUUCUUGUAAGGAAACACUCCUUUGAAACUGCAGCAUCUUCAGCAACUUAAGAGACAGAAAGAGACUACUACAAAUGUAUCUUUGUGCAUGUAUAAUUCUCUGUGUACUUCUGUUCGAAAAAGAGCAAAGACAAUUUCUACUAGUUUCCAUUUUCUUUAAACUACUUUGAGUAUUAUACAGUCAAACCUCUCUAUAACAGCGUCGUUUGUUCCGA